AUGUCGAAGAGAAUCUCAUAUAAGGUCGAGGGCGAUGUCCAAGGAGUGAACUAUCGCGCUUUCGCGGUGAAGCAGGCGACCAGCUUGAACGUCACAGGGCAUGCGAGGAAUGCUGACGACGGAACGGUUGAGGGCGAGGCUCAAGGCGAGCCAAGUGCUCUCGACAAGUUUGUACAGCAUCUCCAGAUGGGACCGUCCGAGGCAGAUGUGAAGAAGGUCGACCACAAGGAGAUUACUGUACGGGACGGCGAGAAAGGUUUCCAAAGCAACAGCUACACCAGCAACAUGAUGAACUGCACUCGAGGCAUCACAGCAAACGCCUUCACAAAGCAGUCCGCUGGACAAGCCCUCAGAUCCCUGAAUGGCAAGAUAAACAUUGCCGCCUCUCGGCCGGCGUUCAUCCAUCUACAGCAACAAUGUUCGCCACCACGGAGGCAGUUCAGCACGACCAAAGUGAUGGGCAUCAAGGAAUUCUUUCCAGCACCAGAUGCACCUAACAUCAAACUUACCGAACCUGCAUGGCCCCAUCCGGUCUACAGCCAGGAGCAGAUGGAGGCCGUGGCCAUAGCUCACCGUCAAGCAAAGACAUGGUCAGACUGGUUUGCCCUUUCCGCAAUGAGGUUUCUGCGCUUCGGCCUGGACGUGGCGUCCGGCUAUAAGCCCGACAAACACACGAAAGAUGUGGCCGCGGCGAAGAAGAACCCGCAGACGGGCGUGGUCAAGAGCGCCAUGACUGAGCGACAAUGGAUGAUCCGGUUCAUCUUCCUCGAGAGCGUGGCAGGGGUUCCAGGCAUGGUCGCUGGCAUGCUCCGCCACCUACACUCCAUGCGCCGCAUGAAGCGAGACAACGGUUGGAUCGAGACCCUUCUCGAGGAGUCCUACAACGAGAGAAUGCACCUCUUAACCUUCAUGAAGAUGGCCGAGCCCGGCUGGUUCUUGCGGCUCAUGGUUCUCGGCGCCCAAGGCGUCUUCUUCAACGGCAUGUUCCUCUUCUACCUCGUCUCCCCCAAAACCUGCCACCGCUUCGUGGGCUAUCUGGAAGAAGAGGCCGUUUACACUUACUCCCGCGUGCUGUCGGACAUCGACGCCGGCAAGCUACCCAUGUUCUCUCAAAUGCAGGCGCCCGAUAUUGCGGUGAAGUACUGGAACAUGCCGGAAGAUCACCGAUCAAUGCGGGACUUGAUCCUGUACAUCAGGGCUGACGAAUCGAAGCACCGCGAGGUGAAUCACACGCUCGGCAAUCUGGAUCAAAAGAACGAUCCCAACCCGUACAACAGCAAGUACAAGGAUGAGAGCCAGCCACAUCCGGUGAAGGAUAUAGCAUUCCAGAAUCCAACAGGCUGGGAGAGAGAGGAUGUGAUUGGUAAGCAGUAA